AUGAAUUAAUCAAAAUAUAUAAAUCAAAAUCUCACUUCUAAACAAAAAUUUAUCAAAGACUUUCUGAUUGGAUCACUUAGUUAUUUUACCACAAUACUAAUCUGUACUCCAUUGCAACGAUAUUAAAUGUUAAUCAUCCAACAAUAAAGAAAUCCAUUCAAAAGCAAUCAUCGCACUUUGACACAAAUUUUAUAUGAACGUUUUGAAGUAUGAUCAAUGUAUUGAUCCAAAGGGUAUCAAUCAUCUCUGGAGAAGCCAUCCUGAUGAUCUCAGAUAUAUUUUUUCUUAUGGAUUAUUGUUUGCAAUCAAUGACACUUACAAAAAACUCAUUAAUUUCUAUUCUUAAAAUGAAAAAUAAUCAAAAAAUGCUUUCAUUGCAGGUUCCUUUGCUGGUAUCACUCAUCUAUUUCUAUAAUACCCUUUCUUAGUUGCAAGAUUAAAAUUAAAAGAACCAGAAUAUAAAAAAAUCUUAGUUUUUGAAAACAAUUUUACUUCUCAAUUUAUUAGAAUUAUCAAAACUGAAGGAUUAUUAACAUUAUAUAGAGGUCUUCCUCUCUCCUUAAUUAGUACUGGAAUUUAUAGGUCCAUAUAUUUUGGAGGUUAUGAUCACUUCCAAAAAUACUUGCAAGUCCUUCCUUUCUUUAAUAAUAUAAUAACUAAAAUAGCUUUAUCCUUUGUUAUAACUACAACAGCUGAAAUAGUAUCCUACCCUUUCGAAUAACUAACAAGCAAAAAAUGUAUAUUUUGAUUCUCUAAACUAGCAAGAACAUAUUUUAAUGAAAUGACUGAAAUAAUAGGCAAAUAUAGAACCAUGCGAGGUUGUUUAGCUAUUGUUUUUUAUGGAGAAUUAUUUUCUAUCUAUGAUAAAGCAAUGGCAUCAUUCAUCUUGGAUAGAGAUGAAUUAAAUUUAUGA